CCUGAAUCUUCGGAUGGUUGCCUAGGCUGCGCGAGUGCGUAAGGUACCUUACGUAUCGUAUCUUGAGGGUAACACACCAUGAUUGUUAACCCCCAUAAUUACCAACCACCGAAGGUCAAUUCCAGAAGCUCACUUUAAGAAAGAUCCAUCAUUCACGUGAUGUCGCGGCGCGUUUCGACACACUCUCCUUUGGGUAAUUGGAUUUGGGCAACUGCGCGUGAACUCGGUUCUAUCAGCCAAACGAAAGCGUGUCUUCAACACCAACGGCUGGCCAACCUGUGUCGGUCAAUUGUGCUCUCACGAUGGCCCGGCGGUCAUCUCGCCAGAUGGUGCAGUCCAAGUCGGCAACGGAGUCGAAAUCCCACAUUCUAGAGAAAGGCGUUUCCGCCGCUGUUAACGGCAUCAAGGCUGUCGUCAAUGCAUCCAAAGCCGAAGUAAACGAAAGGAAGAAUCCAAAACGCAAAGCCACCCAUACUGAACCGCACGUCGACGGCGAGGACCUCGACUCCAUUGACCCGACCGAGGACAAGGAAAGAGAAGAAGAGGGAGACCAGCUUCAAGGGACAAAGAAGCCCGCGGCCAAGAGGAGGAAAACCGCCUCCAAAAAAGACGCCGAAAACAACAUGCCACUAGCAGCCCGGACAGCCAUCACCUCUCUCAAGAGGGCCAUGUACAUUGGGGCCCACGUUUCAGGCGCCGGGGGUGUACAGAACGCGAUUCAGAACGCCUCAAAUAUCGGGGCAAAUGCCUUCGCCCUAUUUCUCAAAUCGCAGCGCAAAUGGGUAAGCCCGCCGCUCGCUGACGAAUGCAAGACUCAGUUCCACGCCAUGUUGAAGCAGCACAGCUACGACUCGCGCAAGCACAUCCUCCCGCACGGGUCAUACCUCGUCAAUCUCGCCCAAGCCGACGCGGAGAAAGCUACCCAGGCCUACGACAGUUUCCUGGACGACCUGCAGCGGUGUGAAGCGUUGGGGAUCACGCUUUACAACUUUCAUCCGGGCUCCACGGGCGGCGCCAGCAUGGAAUCGGCCUGCGCGCGCAUUGCAGCGCAGCUCAACAGGGCACACAAGGCCACCGAGUCGGUCGUGACUUUGCUCGAGAACAUGUGCGGUAGCGGCAACGUGGUCGGCUCGCGCUUCGAGGACCUGCGAGACAUCAUCGCGCUCGUCGACGACAAGUCCCGCGUCGGGGUGUGCCUCGACACGUGCCACGCCUUUGCCGCGGGCUACGACCUCCGCUCGCCCGAGGCCUUCGCUGAGACCAUGGCCGAGUUCGACAGGGUCGUCGGCACGGAAUACCUGCGAGCUCUGCACCUCAACGACAGCAAGGCCCCGUUUGGCUCGCACCGAGACCUGCACGCCAACAUCGGCACGGGCUUUCUCGGACUGCGUGCCUUCCACAAUAUCAUGAAUCACGAGGCCCUUCAGGGCCUGCCGAUGGUUCUCGAGACGCCGAUCGACGAGAAGGGCCCUGACGGCAAGACAGUCGAGAAUAAGCAGAUCUGGGCUGACGAGAUCAAGCUUCUCGAAAGUCUCAUAGGGAUGGACGUUGAGAGCGACGGGUUCCGGGAGAAAGAGGAGGCGCUGCAAGCCAAGGGCGCUACCGAGAGGCAAAAGAUCCAGGAGCAGGUGGAUAAAAAGGCCGAAAAGGACGCAAAGAAGGAAGCCAAGGGCAAAAAGAAGAGCAAGAAAAAGAAGGACGAGGACACUUGUGACUCGUGCAGCGAGAACGACUGAGUGGAGAGUUUCUCUACUGUGUAAACUUCAUAAUGUGUAUCAUGUACGGAGUUAAGGGGGUAUUAUCCUUUGUGUACUAAGAAGACCAGAAAUUGUAAGAAUAGGCGAAAAGCCGGCGACAGCAGACAGACUGAGACCUCGAGUAGAUCUCGCCACAACAAACAAGUAAUAACGAUACCCAGUCAGCCUCCAGCC